AUGGAUUUUUUAGUACCCAGAAUCAAAACCGGAAAAGUUACAUUAAAUUUUGUUUUACAUCUUCUUGAUGUUGUUUCCACAGCAAGAGAAUAUCAAAAAAUCAUAUCAAAGGUUAGAGAUCAAAUCAACCAAGAUUUUAAUGUGAAAAUUAAUAAAAACAACGAUUAUUUAUUUAAAAGCUAUGACUUCUUUGAUAUGCCGUUUCUUCAUGAUCAAGAAUCCGUUCCCGAAGACAAUGUUGAAUAUUAUGCAAAGAAAAAUGAUCAAUAUAAUGCUGACGAAGAACUUUGCAAAGUUUGCCAUCGUGGACAUAUCAAUUGCUUUAAAUAUUUAUUGCUUAAUGGAGCUGAGCUCAAAAAUGUCCACCUUUUUUAUGCAAUAAUUGGAGGAAACAACGAGAUCAUUAGAACAAUUUCAGAUCAAAUCACAGACUUUAAAAUUUUUAUUGAACUAGCAAUGAAUGUCAAUAGAAACGAUUUAGCAGAUUGGUUCAUUGAAAGGACCUCAAAGAAAUUUAAUAUAAAAUGCGCGUCACCCCUUUAUUGUUGUAAUUUCAAAGCUUUCCAAUAUCUUUAUUUAAAGAACAAAUCAUUGUUUAGUACUAAUUUAUUGAAAUGGUAUUCAUAUGAAGUUAAUCCGCUUUCUAUUGCUGCUGGACUAUUCCAGUCUAUUGACAUCUUAAACGAAUUCUCAACAUAUAAAGAUUUUACUGCUAAUCAUCCAAAUCAUGAAAUAAUUAAACCAAUAUUACCAGAUGCAGUUUUAUUAGGUAACAUGGAAAUUGUUAGAUGGCUUGUUGAACAUGGAGCAAAAAGCAAUAAAAGCUUGAAGGCAGCUUUGAAAUCAAAGAAUUAUGAUAUACUCAAGUAUCUUGUAAGCAAAAGUUUUAAUAUCAACUACAUCAAGCCUGAUAAAGGUGAACCAUCAGUUUCAGCCAUAGCUAUUGAAGAUCAUCCAAUAGAAAUAAUAAAAUUCCUUCUUGAAAAUGGCGCAGAUCCAAAUUAUAAUAAAGACAUGAUCAUUGCAGCGGCUCAAAGAGGCGAUAUUGAAAUAUUUAAACUUCUUAUCCAGUAUGGAGCCAAAUAUGACAUCACAUGGUUUCAUUUUAAAGCUUAUUACGCUCAAAUUUUAAUUAUUCAAUUCAAUAUUAUUAUUCAUGAUCAAAUUCAUUAUCAAUAA